CAGAGGAAGUGGGGAGAGACGGCAGGUGCAGUGAUGGCUGGCGGAGUCAUGGACAAGGAGUACGUGGGUUUUGCUGCCCUCCCCAACCAGCUGCACCGCAAGUCUGUCAAGAAGGGGUUUGACUUCACACUAAUGGUGGCAGGGGAGUCAGGCCUAGGGAAAUCCACCCUCAUCAACAGCCUCUUCCUCACCAACCUCUAUGAGGAUCGCCAGGUGCCAGAGGCCAGUGCUCGCUUGACACAGACCCUGGCCAUUGAGCGCCGGGGCGUAGAGAUCGAGGAAGGGGGUGUGAAAGUGAAGCUGACCCUUGUGGACACACCUGGCUUUGGGGACUCAGUGGACUGCUCUGACUGCUGGCUUCCGGUGGUGAAAUUCAUCGAGGAGCAAUUUGAGCAGUACCUUAGGGAUGAGAGUGGCCUGAACCGGAAGAACAUCCAGGACUCCCGAGUCCACUGCUGCCUCUACUUCAUCUCACCCUUCGGCCGGGGGCUCCGGCCCCUAGAUGUGGCCUUCCUCCGGGCAGUACAUGAGAAAGUCAACAUCAUCCCAGUCAUUGGCAAAGCGGAUGCCCUGAUGCCCCAGGAAACCCAGGCCCUCAAGCAGAAGAUCCGGGAUCAGUUGAAGGAAGAGGAGAUCCACAUCUACCAGUUCCCCGAAUGUGACUCUGACGAAGAUGAAGACUUCAAGAGGCAGGAUGCAGAGAUGAAGGAAAGCAUCCCUUUUGCAGUCGUGGGAUCAUGCGAGGUGGUGAGGGAUGGCGGGAACCGACCGGUGAGGGGACGCCGCUACUCCUGGGGGACCGUGGAGGACCCGACCCUACGGGUGGGCUGGACCCGAAACUCCCUGACGUUCGCUGGUCCGCGCCGCGCCCCCUCCAGUGGAGAACCCACAUCACUGCGAUUUCCUGAACCUGCGACGGAUGCUGGUGCAGACACACCUGCAGGACCUGAAAGAGGUGACGCACGAUCUGCUCUACGAGGGCUACCGGGCCCGCUGCCUACAGAGCCUGGCCCGGCCUGGGGCUCGCGAUCGAGCCAGCCGCAGUAAGCUUUCCCGCCAGAGCGCCACGGAGAUCCCGCUGCCCAUGCUGCCUCUGGCGGACACCGAGAAGCUGAUCCGCGAGAAAGACGAAGAGGUGAGCACGCACCUCGCUUCCCCCCGACCGAUGCCCCAGGUCCCCCUCUGGCCUCGCCAUGUCACCGCCUGCAAUCUCGCCCUGCACAGCUGCGCCGCAUGCAAGAGAUGCUGGAGAAGAUGCAGGCCCAGAUGCAGCAGAGCCAGGCCCAGGGCGAGCAGUCAGACGCCCUCUGAGGCCACGCCCCACCCGGCCUUACCUCGGCUCCGCCUUCAGUCGGCCUCUUGUCCAAUCCCCGCGCCCCACACUGCCCAGCGCCCCCCCCCCCCCCCCCGACCUCCGCGGGUGCCGCCCUCGCGCGGGCUAGGGGGAGGUUCUCCCAGCCUGGGCCCGUAGCCCCGCCCGGGCGCUGGUCCUGCCCACCCAGACACCGCCCACUUCCCGGCCCGGGGCCCGCACAGUCUCCGACCGCAUCACUGUCUUCCAGGGUCCCCCCUCUUCUCCCAGGCUCUGUCUUCAAUAAAAACUGAGCUUCCCGCGGC